AGUCGGAGAGCGGUCGUGGAAGUGUAGGGGUACACACCGGACUUCUGCUGCUGAAGGGUUUAUUGAAGUUACCGAUCCUCCUGGGAUGGAUUGAUUUGAUAUCUAGAAUUCAUCACAGUCUUCAGCGGCCGGUCAGCGGUGCGGCGGCCGGAACCAGUGUUGACGUCAUCAGCUGAGCGCCUCAUCUCCUGUUGCCAUGGAGACGGCCGUGCUGCAGCUCAUGGAGAGCAUUGUGAAGGACAAGGACGCGUGUGGCGUCAUGGCGAGCCUUUUCGCCACCAUCAUCGGCGACCUCAAGGGCUCCCAGCCGUUGUGGGAGGAGAUGGUCAAGAACGCGUCACGUCUCCACUCCUGCCUCAAGGCUACGCUUCUGGCCAUCUCGGCCUACCUGGACACAUUUCAGCGGAUCGCCGACACCGCCAGCGCCGCCAAAGGUGCCACCCGUGACAUCGGCACAGCACUGACCCGCAUCUGUCUGCGGCACCGCGCUGUGGAGGCCAAGGUCAAGACGUUCGCCAGUGCGCUGGCCGAAUGUCUGAUCCUGCCGCUCCAGGGAAAGCUGGAAGACUACAAACGUGCCUCCGCACAGCUCGAGAAGGAACAUACGAGAGAGUACAAACGACAGCGAUCCGACCUGAAGAAGCGUUCGACUGAGGCACUGCGGCUGUACAAGAAGACGAGGAAGAGCCGCUCGCAGGACGGCCAGAAGAUGCUGGACGCCUGCCUGACCGACAUCCAGGAGAGAUACCAGCGUCUGGAGGACUCUGAGCGCUCUUCCCUCUCGGCCGCGAUGGUGGAGGAACGCAGCCGGUACUGCCGCUUCGUCUCCUGCCUCCAGCCCGUCGUGCAAGGCGAGGUGGCCGUGAUGGGCGAGAUGGUUCACCUGUCGGAGGUGCUCAGUCAGCUGGAGCAGAACACUGCCGACCCGUUCUCACUGCCGGCCGCGUCAGAACAGGUGAUCUGUGACCUGAAGGGCGGCGGCGAGCCGUGGCGUCUCGACUCCACGCCGAGCUCGCCCUGUCACAGCUCCUCCCUGGGCUCCCGCAAGUCCUCCGUCUGCUCAGUGGCCAGCCUCAACUCCUGUGGCUCGGCAGGCGGCGCCUCGGCGGCCUCCGGAGCCUCCGCGGCCGCCUCCGCCACCUCCGCCGGCAGCCAGGUGGUGUCCCGACCCCGCUCCUUUAGCCAGGCGGCGCCUCCGGCGGCCGGUGUGCAGCCGCCGCGCCUGGCCAGCGUCGUGUCCAGAGACUCGGGGUUCACCUCCCAGGACACGCUGUUUGUGAGGCCAGUCACACCGCCGUCAGCGCCCGAGACACCGGAGGAGGAGGACACGCCCGCCCCCGCCCCGGCCCCGGCGGCGGCACCGGCAGAGAGGCCGCACACCAUCUCGACAGCCUACGAGCGGGGCGGAGUACACCACCGCCCGCCUCUGGGCGCGCUGACUUUCCUGCCUCCGCGGCCGGCCGCCGCCGCCGCCCCCGCCCCCGCCCGCGCCGCCGAGCGUCCACCGCCGCCCGGCCGGCCGCCCGUGCCGCAGAAGUCAGAGCGCAGCCGCGGCAAACCCAAGGCGAAGGUGUACAGCCACUACGCGUGUCCUGCCGCCGUACAGCUGCCCGACUUUAACCAGGCGGUACCGCAUAUGUUGGUGCCUCAGCCGGUGUACGCCAACACGGCGGAGCUGGUGACGGCUCCGAAGGAGGACUGCACCACCCCAACCCCGGAGCCGGAGCCGGAGACGCCCACCACACCCACCAACUACAGCCCGCCAAAGUUUGAGCGAUGUGAGAGUGACGGUUCGGCUUCCAGCGGAUACGGCAGCGUCCACACGGCUCCGGCGGCUGCGCACACUGACGCCUUUCCGCCGCCGCCUGAUUUUGUGCUAAACAACUUUUGCGACGUCUCGGAGGAGCAGAGGGGGCGACCCGUCUCGGUGGCGGCGCCGGCAGACCCGGACUCGUUGCCCCCGCCGGGCCUGCGUCGGUGUCACUCUCAGACGCAGCGGCCGCCGCCACCCGUCCGCCGCCACUCUGCCAACUGGCGGCCCCAGCGCAGCGUCUCUGAGACAGUGCGCUCCCUGAACGCCGUGCAGCACCGGCCGGCCUGUCCGACCGGGUUCAGCGGCGCCGCGGCGGCCUCCCCCGCGGCAGGGAGCGCCCCGCCGCAGUAUAACGCCGCCGGCGGGGUCGGGGUCGCCCUGGGCGGGGUGCCGGUCCCCGGCGGGUUCGCGGACGGCGGGGUGGGCGCGUCGCCGCUGCUGCGUCUGGGUUCGUUCUCGGCCGGGGAUGGUCAGCAGAGGCAGAGACACUCUAUGAUGGACCAGAUCCGGCGCGGAGGGGAGCUCCGACAGACCGCGGCGGCGGCGGCGGCGGCGGACCGCCAGGUGCCCGUGUUCCGCUCCUGAGCGGUCAGGGUACGGGGUUCGAAUAUCACCGCGCCCGGCACAGCCACCGCCGCGGGCCCUGGGGUCCAGUGGGGCCCCCGGGUGUCUGAUAGGCCCCUGGCUCGCCCGCGAGCCCCUUUACAGACCCUGGAUGGCCAGAGGGCCCCUGGGAGCUUGAGGGGACCUUGUGCAGCACCUUGGUGUUUAGAUAGACCCCUCGAUGGCCCCGUCUGGCCAUGUGGAUACUGCGAGCUCUCCGUGCGCUGGAUAGGCGCCAUGGGUCCUGUGAGGCCCCGGAAUGAUCAAUAGGCCCUUGGAUGCCCCCAAGAUCCCAAGGGUGUCCGAUAGACCCCUGGCCGGCACCCGAGGGCCCCGGGGUGUCCAUAGACCCUGGCCGGCCCCCGAGGGCCCCUGUGCGGACCUCGGAGGGCCAACAACCGACUCAGGAACGCUGACCGGCCGUCUGUACUGUGUUGUCGCGCGUUUUGUACGGGGAAUGCGUGGUGUGCGUAAGAGAGCGAGAGACUGCCGCCGGCGCCGACGUCGUGAUGUGAUGUGUCUGAUGUUAUUGUGACGUUCGCUGAUGUUCCGCGGCGGCUGCGGAAUUGGUGCGGAGCGUGUUAUUGUUCGGGUGAUGAUCGAAAAGGGCUAGGCACCGCGACUCGGAAAUGUGCUGGAUAUGGGGUAAAAUGUAACCAACUCCGCCACAAUCUAGGCCGCUCGUGUGAGAGCUGUACCGACAGGCUGAGAUCUAAACGGUAGGGAAUAUUAAUGACAGCUGGUCACAGCCACGGAGUAAAGUCCCUACAACACCAGUGGCCACGCCUGGAGCUGACCAAAUGUGCUCUGCUGUAUUUAUCGAGCGGGAACAGGACUGAGUGCAUGUACUAACACGGCUCACCCAGCUCCAAGACAUUGUAUCGGACGGAACGUGCCACGUGUGACUGAUGCCGCUCGUUGUUGAGUCGUUAACUGGGUUCUAGUCGGUCGGAUAAAUCGUUUAUUGUCUAUUUCUCCUCGUUGGUUUUGUUGUAUUGUGGCUCGCGCAGUGCUGCCUGUAUAAAGGUUCUGUUAUAUAAUUAAUCUCUGGAGGCUUCAGUGGCGCGCUUACUGUGUCUGUGUUUUGCGCGCGCCGGUUGAGCGAGUGAGCUGUGUGGGAGACGUGGCGCUCGAACCGUGUAACCGAGCGGACUCCGUGGAGAUUCGGCGCCAACGGCGGGUGGCGCGCCGCCGGGCUCCGGACGCGCGGAGACUAUGUAACUGAAGCCGGGUAUAUCCAUUGGACGCGGCGCGACAGAAUCUCGCAGGCAUUGUCUGUACAUACUGGACAAUACAACCACUUAUAUACAAAA